AUGUCUGCUGUUGUAGAGCAGGAACCUGGACUACCUGACCAAGAGCGAGAAGGUGAUGGGAUGGGGCACGACGCCAGGCAAAUUGUCCUGCAUGUGCUGCCAAUUGAAGAAGCUGCUGAUGACAUCGAUGGAACCGCAGCAUUUCUGGUUUCACAGGCAGUGGUAAGAGCCAUUACAGAGGAAGAGUGUGGACAAGAGGAGAUAUGGCCUGAUGUUGAGGAGAUCUGGCCACAGGUGGAAGAGGUCUGGCCUAGUUUUGGAGACAUCUGGCCUGAAAUUGAAGAGGUCUGGCCUGAUGUCGAGGAAGACUGGUAUGUCUGGAAUAGUGACCAGGAGAUUGAUGAAGAUCAGAGGAAAGAUCAAGAUCAACAGGGCCACCCUAGCGAAGUAAAAGAGGAAGACGAUGACGAUGAAGACGACGACGACGACGAUGAGGAUGAUGAUUAUGUAUACAAAGAGGAUAAGGAGGAGAACGAAGGGGAAGAUAACAAUGAAAAUCAUGGGGAUGAGAUUAUCCUUCGUGCCUGUGAGUUUUCCUAUGUGGGUAUUGAGGACAAAGGAAGCUAUGGAUGA